AUGCAAAUUGCUGGAGCGGUAGAUUGGGAGUUGGCAUAUACAGCACUGGUUGAGUCUUCUUAUACGCCGCCUUGGUGGCUGCUCAUCGAGAAGUCCGAGUUCUGGCCAAACGGUAUAGACUACUGGGAGAAUGUCUUUGAACACCACUUAAAGACGUUUUUUACGGCGAUGAGAGAUUGCGAAGACACGGAGAUUCAAAAAGGUCACUUGGAAGAGAACCAACGCCUCUCUAGUCAUAUGCAACGGAGCUGGGAUAGUGGAACUUUCUGGAUCGUGUACGCAGCGCUGCAUAGCUUUGCGUUUGACGCAAUCUACUGGCAGAAAAUUGAUCCAAUGUUUUUCAAGGCUUCCCAAACUCCUGAGACAGCUUGGAAAGAGAGGCUCGGCCUGCUGGGUGAAAGGGAAAUUGAGGAGAUGGAGCAACUGGUUGCUCGGAAGCUGGAAGAGAUGAAAACUAGGAUUUUGGAGUGGGACCCGGAUGAGUGUACUAUUGAAGCAAUAGCGAAAGCGGAAGGUUCUCUCCGUGCUACUGUCUACUCGGCCAGCGGGAGGUGA